AUGUCAACUUCUGGUCUCUUGGAAUGGGAAUUUUCUUUGCCAUCCGAUCAAAUCAUAUCCCAUGGAUGGUACCAUGGUGCCCUUAGUCGCACAGCCGCCGAGAGUCUAUUGCAACAAGACCGCGAAUUCCUGGUGCGGGACUCGUCUUCUCAGCCAGAUAACUACGUGCUUAGCUGUCGGUCUAAUGGUCAACAUCUACAUUUCGUCAUACAGAGGAUUGUCGUUCAUCCAGAUACAGUCUACGAAAGAUACCAAUAUCAAUUUGAGGAUGAGGCGUACGAUACCGUGGCUGAUUUAAUAACUUCAUACGUUGGUUCCGGAAAACCAAUUUCGGCAGCUUCAGGCGCCAGAAUCCAAUACCCAGCCAACCGUCUUGUUCCGUUAACUAAUUACAUACCUAAUGAUGAUGGUAAUUCAGUCAAUUCUGUCUUAUCCCCUGUUGGCGAUGCUGGUAAUUAUGGAAAUCCUUACAGUUUAUAUAGCCACUUCACUGCUAAGCCUGGAAUGCAGCUUCGAGUACCAUUCAAAAAGCAACGAUCGCAUUCUUUAACGCCUAUUGAUAUCGGGCAACAUGCCAACCAUGGGAAAAGUGCAAGUGCCGAUGGAGUUAUACAAAGCCAGACGAACAAACACAAUAAAAACUUCUCCAGCGAAUUUAGUUCGAGUUCUAAUACUUGGGAUUCUAAUUUACCAACUAGUCCACCGGCCAAACCAGCUAGAUACGAUGGCCCUAAAGCUGAUGACAGAAGACUUGAAUUACAGAGACUUUAUCACGUAUCUGGUUCAGAUUCUGGUAAUGGAUCAGGAGAUUCGACUCAAAGUUCAGCUCAUAGUGACCCUAACAAAUUUAGAAACGAUUCAGACUACAACCUUAUUACACCGACGAUAAAACAACAGUUUGAUUAUGAGCUCAGUGAAGCAAGGUUGCUACAAACAGAAAACUUGGACUACGUAGUCGAGUCACGUAUAAAUUUGGAAUCUUUUCAGUCUCAAAUCAUUCCAAUAGUACUCACGAAGCCCUUAGAAUCAGAGACGCUUCACGCCAUAAAAUUACUUUUGCGAACAUCAGGUCCAAGAAUUUUGGCUAACCAUAUGACAAAAGUUGAUUUGCAUUUUCUAUUAGAUGACGCUAUUCAGAUCGAGGGGACAGAGAAAACAGCAUCGGGGUUGGAGUUGUGCUUUUUGCCACAAGGACGGCCACUGCGUCUGGAUGUGAUUGAAAGAAUCGAAACAUUCCGUCUUUUGAUAGCUGUGACCAUCUUGACUUGCCAGACAGAUAGACAAAGAGCUGAUACUAUUAACGAUUGGGUUCUGUUAGCAAUCGAAACGAAAACGGCACUUGGUAAUCUGUAUGGAUUUUCAGCUAUAAUGUUUGGAUUAUGUAUGCCACAGGUGGAAUGUUUGGAGAAUGCUUGGAACAUUUUGCGUCGCGUAUAUACUGAUAACGCAUUCAUGUUUGAAGCAAAAUUGCGGCCUUGUUUCAAAAGUAUGAACGAAGGCACCAAUCCUUUGCCACCAAAUACUACCACUCCUUAUAUAUUGCCACCAGUGUUAUGUUUCCAUUUAUUUGACGGCGAAGGUGGAGGUCUGAUGCCUCCAGAUGACACUUUCCCGAGCAGUUUGAUGAACACUAUGGAAUUCGACUUCAACGCCACAGCGGCGCAUCUGGAGGCAGCUCGUCAUUUCCCUAACCAAGUAGAUAUGUUCAAACGGAACGCGAGAACAGUCAUUCAGGAGAUGUCUUCCCUCGGCCCCUCUUUAGAUCCCACUUUACUAGAACUUUUUCGAACAGAAUUUCACAUAAAUUUUCUUUGGGGAGAACGCGGGGCGUUGACUACUCCUUACCAAAGAUUCGCAAGACUUACUGAUAUUCUCACCGCAAUGGCAAACAAAUUGGCUAGCCAGCCAAUGGACAACGACGAUGUAUUGUAA